AUGAAACCUCGUCCGCAGACACCUCCGGCUGGGACGUCGCCGGCUCAAUCGCCCGUACAGACGCCUACGAACCCUUCGUCGAGGUUGUUCAGAAACACGACAUCGCCCUCCCCCGCGCCCGGUCCUGGUCCUGGUCACUCUGCUGAUCCUGACUCGGGCUCGUCAGGUGCCCCUGGAACCGCCACCCCACCACGUCCUCCCAACUUCUCCUCGUCAUACUCUUCCCCGCCUGCGAGUACUACGCCUGCCACGGUCGCACCGUCAUCUUCAGCGACGAGCAAUCUGGGCAGACCGACCGUCACCCGCCUAGGACCUCCCAAGCCGGCGAACAUGACCCGAUUACGUCACGUAGAGUCGGCCCACCCGUCCCAGUCUCGGUCGACUUCCCAACCUUCUACACCGACCCCAACAGCUUUACAAACGCAAGUAACGGGACUGCAAGGCUCUCCUCAGCUGCGCAAUGUUCAGCAGCACGGUCGGACGAGCUCGACCUCGGACGUCAGCCCCGCGAACCGGACCGCUCUGAACGGGUUGCUGAGAGCUUCGACCUCGGGACAAUCUUUGGACAAAUUCACGCUCGACGGAGGGAAUGUCACGCUCAGAACCAGGUCGUACAAGCCGGGCUUCCAGCCUCCCGGUGUGAGAUCGACCAGGACGCAAGAGUUUGACGAGGCUAGGAGACGGGUCGGGGAAGAGAGGGGCAGAGAGGAAGGGCGGUUGGGGAGGAGAUGGGCCAAGUUGAUCGAUCUCCAUUUCAACCCGAUGGCAGGGCCAGAUGGACCUACGAAUGCAUCGGCAUCUACCUCGGCGGUCCCGUCAACUCCGCCCAAUGCAGGGAAACCUUCCCCAUCCCGCCCCCGUCUAACACCCCAAAUCAGCGAACGAUUCAACGCGCUUACGAACACGCUCGACCAGGUCACCCCGAAGGACGUCUGGAGAGGGUUUCGAAGCGUUACGGGGGUCGGAUUGGAGCAGGUCGAGUUGGAAAAGAAGAGGGAGGUCGAGAGGGGGUUGGUCGUCUGGGAAGAGGACGGCGAGGUGAGGCGAUGUAGGAUUUGCCAGUCGAUCUUCUCGUUGACGAACCGGAAACACCAUUGCCGGCUCUGCGGUCGGAUUGUCUGUUCACUCCCGCCUACACCAGCGACCAUCCUCGCGCUCGCCGCACCGUCGUCAUCGACAUCAAGCGGGUCGACAAAGACGGGUCUGCCGUUGGGGACACGCAGAGAGACCUGCUCGCUCUUGCUCGUCGCCGACUAUCGGACGGGCAAGGGUCACGAGGUGGACGAAGGUUUCGUCGGGUGGAUGCAGAUGGGCUCGGGCGCAGGGGUGAGCGAGCAAGGCAGAUCAGGUAGCUCGACCGCGACUGCGAUCGCUCGACGGCCGGACGAGGUACAGGUCAAGGGGGUGAGGACGUGUCGAGAGUGCUGGGGGGUCAUCUCCCGUAAACAAAAGAUGGCGGACAUGCGGCAGGUCUCGCGCUUCUCCCGCCUGUACGGUGCGCUCAAGUCGCUCGAGGCCGAGAUCGCGGACGCUCUUCCCGAGUAUCAAGACCGAAUACAGGAUCUGAGAAGGGCAGACGAUGACGACUCGAUAAAGCCAAGCCCGGGAGGGAUCCCACCGGAACUCAUGACUCUGCACAAACACCUGCUCGCCCUGUUUGCAGAGUAUGACGCGUUUACGAAACGGAUCCGGAGUUAUCCCUGUUCACCAUUGAGCGCACAGGAACGGGUGCAGCAGGCGAUUGCAAGGCAAGCGGGGCUGUUCAUGGCCAAGGAGGCGGGUACACUGCAGCUCCUCCCUAAAUUGCAAGCGCAACGACAUAAACGAGCGACCUCAUCAGCGGCCGUCUCGAUCGACUCGUCCAUCGCGCCCGCCCCACCCAUCGUCGACGAGACCGCCACGCUUCUGCAGCCGCUGCUCGAACAAGAGGCGCAACUAGAAACGUUCAUCGCCGAGGCCAACGCCCAGCGCAAGCUCGAGGAUGCCAGGACGUUGCUUAUCAGUCUCGAAGAGCUUCGGCAGGAGAUUGCGCGGAUCGCCGCUGGUGUUCCAUGA